GUUUCCCACGCUUUUGCCGUGGGAAUUUCCAAUUUUCCCACGGUGAUUUUAGCAUAUAAGAGGAGAAAAAUGGGUCAAUUUCCAUUUAUUUUUCGACGAAAAUCGAUCAUCGAACCAUUGUCAUCACGCCACGUGCAUAAUGCCAUUCCAUUAUCCAAAACUCUACAUGGAUCACCGCGGAAACAUGUCCACCUCAUCGUCUCUGACGUCAUCGACAACCGCCACGUCAUCAUCGUCAACCGGAGGCGUCCGCAAGCAGAUUCUCACGUUGAAGCCAAAGCAACCGAAUGGUUAUGUGCAACACUUGGAGAUCAAGGCAAAGGAAUCAAGCCAAUCUUCGGUGAUUUCCGGCGGUGUCCCGGUUCCGGUGACCCUGUUGGAGUUGAAGAAGAAGGAUCGUAGCGAGAAGAAUGUGGUGACCAACCUGAAGUAUCGUAAGCCAACGGCGAAUCAUCAUCUCGAUUCGGUGCAUUCUUCGUCGGAGCACCAUCACCACCACCAUCUGAGCCUGAGCUCUUUGACGCGCCGCCCGGGAUCUCCGUCCUCGUCCGGUUACGAGACUGACUCGCUCGUCGAUCAGGAGAAUUGCGACGUUUUUUCGAGUCUCUUCAACUCGUCGCUCAGCUACCAAUCGGCUCUCGACCAUCAUCAUCAGUUUCACGAGCUCGACAUGCUUCACUCGCAUCCGAUUUGGUCUCCACAGUUACCGAACAACAACACUUCACUGAUGAUGGGCUCCAACAGCUAUUAUUUGCAGUAGAGCGUACUUGCUCUUUUAAAUUUUCUAAUCCCCCCCCCCCCCUAAAAUCCCACCCCACGCCUAAUUCUUUAACUAAUA